AUGGCCACUCCAGAUAGGAUGAUGGCUCGCCCUGCAAGAUCCACAAUUUUGCCUGUGUUUCCUUUGGAGCUCUGGGAUAUGAUCAUUGAAAGUCUGUGUGAUGAAGAGUCCGCGCAGCAUCUGAGCCGACUUUCUCGGACAUGCUCAAUGCUCUAUCAAAGGAUUGAACCUUCUCUCUACAGCACAGUACGCCUAUGGAAUUCAGAAAGCGGGGCUCGUCUUGCCCGCACGAUAGAGCGGCGUCCAGAGUUGGCACCGCGUAUUCGCCAAAUUCGACACAAGGAGGAUGCUGGCUCAGAAUUUUAUUCUCAUCGCUAUCUGAAAUUCUAUAAGACGGCCGCAACUUUACCAGAACUGGAGAAGCUGGUUUUGAGAAGAAAUCCGAGACCCUUUGAGUUAACACGAUGGGCCAAUCGCGAUGAGCGAGAUGAUGCUUUGCUGGAAUGGUCGAGAAAGGUAGUCACGGGAACAGCUAUCGUCAAGGAGUGGAGAGAUUUAGGCUGGGGUCCUCCGGGAGAAUCAUCUUUCAGUCCACCAGGUGUAAGUGACAAACUUAGUUUCGAGCGAGAUAGUUCGAAAGAAGGAUUAUUCUCGCAUGCACUGCUCCAAAACCCACCAGGAAUGCCUGCUUUGCGCGUCUGUCACAUCGGGAGCGAUUAUAACGGAGACCAGCACAACACCCAGAUGGAUAGUGGGUGUCUACCAUCAUUCACCGAAGCACUCUUCCGUCAUCCAGGUCUCCGUCAGCUCUGUGUUACUGGUGCUUUCUUCCAGAUUUCUACGUCUCGCCCUUCCCCUUCUGCAAUGGCUUCCACGCAGCUGGAGGAAUUGACCCUUUUGAAUUGCAAGAUAGACCCGUCCGACCUCGGGGGACUGCUCGAAUAUCCGCAAGCAUUGAAGCGAUUCACCUUCCGAGGUCCUAGAAUAGAGGAUUUGGUGGAUCCCGAAGGGCAACCUCGCGGCUAUGUUGAAUCGGUGCUCGCACAAGCCCGUUCCCUUGAAUUUAUGGAUUACGACCUUUACUGGGGUGGUGAUGAAGAUGCAGACUUUGGCGAACUCACCAAUCUCAAGCAUCUCACAACAACCCUCAGUACACUAGCAGGAAAAGACUGCCUUGAGUUGAACGCCGAAGAUGAUAUUCUACCAAGCAGUCUCGAGAGUCUCACGAUACGUUACGACGAAGUCAAAGCCUGGCUUCCUUCAAGUAUCCACGAGAUGCUGCAAAGCGGAAUGCUUCCGAAUCUGCGUCGCUUUACAUGUGAAGUCCCAGAGAUCAUUGAAGACCUUCCUUCAAUCAACGAAUCCAAGACCAAUCCCCCGGCCACACAGAUAUGCCAGGAGAUCAACAUCUGGAAAAGCAGGUUUGAGACAAAGAAGGUGGAGCUAUCCGCGGUCACCGUCCCUUAUCCACUCGUGCUGCCCAAAUACAAGACAUGUUCUUGUGAAUGCCUCUCCUUCUAUCACCGCAUGUUUUUCCAUUUGCAUGACCCCUUGUCUCAUCCUUUUGAUUUUACUGGCGAGGAUGUGUUUUAUGAUGACUGGGCUGAUAUUGAUGAUGAGCUUGACCUGGAUCAGAUCAUGGACGACAUUGCCGAGGGAUCUGGAUCUGACUUCAUGGACUGA